AUGUCUCGCGAUGUCUUCUAUUCCUCUGAUCCUACGGAUCGCCAAGGCGCUCUUCCCGGGGCGGGGGGAGAGACUCAGUCUCCCGGCUCGGCCUCGGCGCCUGGCACGAUGCGGCGUAGGCGGUCGGGUAUGGCAUACAUUCGUGACGGUGCGAGCCGGCGUGGCAUGUACGCCUCUCCGUCCAUGUACGAGUCCAAGGAAGCACACGCAGAUACGCAUCUGUGGGGUGGUAUGCCGGACCCUAUGGACUACAAUCAUGAUCUGUAUCGUUCGUGGCGCUCACCGCGGAUGCCUGGUCUUGCGUCCGCCGAAGCGGCCUCGCGAACACUGCCGCCUUGGCGAAUGGUAGGAAGUCAUGCCAAGUACCCUUUAUCGGCGCACGACGCCUCCUUUAUGCGGUUUGAGCCUUCUGCGUACCCUUCCUAUGCGGCCAGCUCGGUGCCUACACUAGGCAGCUCUUCCCAAUCCAGCAGUUCGCCCCUUUUUUCCGAAUCUGCCACGACUGCGUCUCGCUCUAUCGAUACGCCACUCCAGUCUGGGUUUCCUGAGCCGAGCUUCUCUGGCGGAUCUCCAUCGAUGGCUACACACUCAUCCCCACGUCUCUCACGAACACAGCCUCGUCGACCACCUAUGCCAUCGCCUGAUUCGCAUCUUCAUGGGCUAGGUGUGUCGUUCCAGACCAAGGACCCGUCUGUACUGACUCGGCGCGUCGUCACAGAACCGCCGCGACUGGCUCGCUCUCCCAGUCAUUCAGGGGUCGUCUCCACGCCCACAGCGCCGCCGCCUCGGGCACAUACGCGGCGGCAAACCAUCAGCGAUGCUUCGUCACAUCUUCACAAGCAGGCAUGGCAUCGUGAUGAUGCAUCACCUGCAUCGCAUAGUGGUCUCGAGCGAUGGUUCCCAGGGCUCAUGUACGCCUUUGAGCCAUCGUAUGGAUCACCGCAUACCCCUGCACAGCUUGUACCUACGACGCCACCAGCCGCUAUGCCUGAAGGUGAGCUGACAGAGUGGGCCGCCCUGGCUCUAUCGACGCAUCCAGCGUCCCCGCCACUGCGAUCCCUGCAGCUUGUGUCCAAGUACUUUGGCGACGAGUCCUUGCAGGAUACACCGACAGGGCCUCCCGCGCGGUCCUCCCGACGUGGCUCUGCUGGUGAUUUGCAUGGCCUGUACAUUCACAUGUCGCCCUCUUUGUCGGUGCCUGACGAUGAUGACCUUUAUGACCAUUCCUCCUCUAGCCCCAGUACACCAGUGCCCGCUUCUCGGACACGCUUACGUCCCUUGCAUUUGGCGGAAAUGCAUGGGCUGGAGCAGCCUGGUAUGUCGCGACGCUCUCCGCCCCGUUUUAAGUACGAGGACGAGCGAGGGACACGGUCCCCAUGGAUGAGCGAUCGUACGCACUCGUCACGAUCCCGGGUGCCGUAUCAUGUUUUGCAUCCGCGACCCGAAAAGCCCAUAGCCGAUCCCGAUGCUGUGCGUCUGUUUUGGUUCGGAUUCCUGGGCAUGCCAUGGCUCUGGAUUUUCGGUGGAUGGUGUGCAGGCGAUCAUGCGAUGCUUCUUUCGCCUUGGUCGCCUCCGUCCUUUGCGUCGUACCGCGUAGGACUGCACCCUUACGGCCCGCCCUUUGCGAUGUCCAUGUGUAUGAAGAACCGGCUUCUUCAGCACAUGUCACCCAUCUCUCCCCAGGCAGCACCCAAUGAUCCUGUGGUCUUUGGACCCAGUCACCGCGGCGUACAAUUCCUCUCGCAGCAUGCCCCUGAUUCCAUCCCAUUGUACCAACUGCAUCAAUGGCAGCACGUCGAGCGCGUCGUGCUCGUUCAUCGUGUCGCUGCAGCACUCUCGUCCUUUGCGUUCUUUGCAUGCUGGGGUACAGGCGUAUGGCCUGUAGUGUCCCAUUUUUAG